AUGUCGAUCGAUCCUUCAUCCCUCUUAGCUGUACUUGAGCGAGCUCAAAAGGCCGAUAAGUUAGGGAGGUUAGUAAAAGAAGCUUUAGUGCUCAUUGAGACUGUUCUAAGUCAACUAGGGGAAGAAGCAGUAGCUAUGUCUUUCAAUGGUGGAAAGGAUUGUACUGUGUUAUUACAUAUCUAUGCGGCUGUGUUGUAUGCUCGAAAUACUCAAGAAUCAUGUUCGAGUGAAUUAUUACCUAAACCAGAUUCAUCGAUUGUGAUACCAAGUCCACCUGAUCAAAUACAUAUCGCCAGCACUCAACUUGACAAACCAGCUGUCGUACCACCACCGAUACCAUCCACUUCAGCAUCCGAUUCCACCUCUACCUCCUCUCCGGAUUCGAAUUCGAACUCGAACUCGACAAUGGAUAUAUCGGGUCAUGCGACACAUCAUCAGCCUUCAUCUUCAUCAGUAGAAUCACUUCCAUAUCCACCGAUCCGUAGCAUAUAUAUAACGGCUCCUAAUCCUUUUCCGGAAUUAGAUCAAUUCGUCAUUGAUUGUACUACAACAUAUGGAAUGGACUUAUAUCGUUUUGGCGGUGGGAUGAAAUCAGCCUUGGAAGAAUGGUUAAAUAAAGGUGGGAAAGGAAGUAAAUCCGUUUUAGUCGGUACCAGAAAAGGUGAUCCCAAUGAUAACGUCGAAAUACUAGCUAUGACAGAUCCAUCUUGGCCUCAAUUCCUACGUGUACAUCCAAUCUUACAUUGGACUUAUUCGGACGUUUGGGAUUUCCUACUAGAAUUGAAAGUCCCUUAUUGCUCGUUAUACGAUGAAGGAUACACUUCAUUAGGAUCUACGACCAAUACUUCUCCUAAUCCACUAUUGAAAAACCCAAAUUCCGCGAAAGGUUGGGAUCCAGCUCACAAAUUGAAGGACGCUUCUCAAGAACGUGCCGGUAGGCAUUGA